AUGAGGGUGUCGUUUAGACGGUUAAUCUAUUUAAUCGUCUGCACAUUAGCUGGUGUCUGGCUAAUUGCCAAUGUCAACUACCAACAGGAGGAGCCCAGGUAUUUAUUUUCCCAAUUGUGUGAUUUGCGUUUAGGGUCGAAAUUCCUUCUGAUCAUCAUCUCUGUGUGUUGAUUCCUUUCCGAAAUGUAGAACACGAGCUUUCGAUUUUGAUUCCCGAAUUGGAUGCAUUCCUUCUGAAUCAAUCAGUUAAACAUUCUUUUCUUGUAUUAAAUCAAACCGACUCAUAUCGCUUCAACCGAGCUUCUUUAAUCAAUGUAGGAUGGCUAGAGGCUGAUAAAAUUGGCUGUGAUUACAUGGUGAUGCAUGAUGUAGAUAUUGUACCCCUGAAUCCUAAUCUCAAUUACCGAUAUCCAGGGGAGGGAGUUAUUCGUCACAUUUCUUCGGGAGAUUAUCAUCCAAUUAAAAGAUACAACUAUAAGAAGUUCAUUGGAGGUGUUUUGAUGUUAACCAUGAAAGACUUCAAAAAAGUAAAUGGAAUGUCUAACAAGUAUUGGGGUUGGGGGUUGGAAGAUGACGAGUUCUAUAUAAGAAUGAAGUAAGUUUUCUUAAUAUCUAUUCUUUUUCAUUUAGAGAGAAAAAUCUGACGUCCAAUAUUGAAAGGCCAAGAAAUCUGACGACGGAUCGACACAAUACCUUCAAACAUAUACACGGACCUGAAAGAAAGAGAGAUUACGCAAUGAUCGGACCCCAGAAGAAGAUGUCCCGGAAACGGGAUAGGAUAAGUGGGCUUGACACUGUCCAGUACACCAUUGUCAAACGGGAAAAUUUGAUGUUUGGAGAUCAAAAAAACAUUCCGGUAUUAUCAAUACACAUCCAACUGGUCUGCGACUUUACCUGGACGCCGUAUUGCACUUUUUGA